AUGGCCAUAACUUGCGUAACACAAGCUCAGUGGUCCGAUUUCGCGAAUCGUGGUGCUAAAUGUGCAGUGGAGGUUAACCAGCCGUUAGCAGUUUUUUAUUCAACGCGCUUGAAUCGCAUCAAAGUUGUAUCCUUUUGGCCUAAUCCAAAAAAUGCUCCCCGACGAAUGCGCUCACAUGUUCCCGAUUGUCCUAUCUACGCAGAGUGGAUUCUGACUGUUGGUGAUAUUCUUCAGACUGAUAACCGCAUAAUAGAUAUCGUGGGCGCACUGCAAGGAUUUCACUUUGCCGCUUUCACCGUGGACACAAAAUCUCGCCCGGAAUGGAAAGCCCUGAUUUCGCUCGUCGAGGACCAAGGCGUUGACUGUCUGGACGCCGACAAUCCCGACUGCUGGACUGUGCGCGUCCACGCCGCGUUGACCAGAUCCAACAGUUUUCCACGUCGUGGUCGGAUGGAGCCAACCACGGCUGCCGCUCUGACCGAUUCGCCACUAGUGGAACAACCGGAAAUCGGGUCAUCCCCGACGAACGUAUCUGGUCAGAAAAAUGGUACUUCUCCGCUAAACGGAACAAAUGGGACGCAGCAGAAACCUCGUAUGAAAAUCGGUCGAGUGAACGCCGUUUGUCUGUCGCGAAAUGUGGUCGGAACGCAGAGAGUCAAACGUGAUCCGAGGGAGAUGUUCCGUGAAGAUGUUAUCAGCAUAUCAAAUAGACAACAGGAGGCCAAGAUGAAAAGAAGUGCAAAUUUGACGGGCUCUAUCGAACAAGGUACGAACAAGACCAAAUUGGCACAAAAUUUCCAAAGUGCACCUUGUGCUGACCUGUCCAAGUUGUUUUACGAUGGACCGAUUGUAACAUAG